CCCAAACCCUCUCUUUCUCUCUCCUGCCUCAUCGCCUCCGCUCCGCCGCCGAAUCCGAGACCUCGAUCUCGGAUUCCUCGCUGCGCAACCCCGGCGAUCCGCUCCGGCAGCUCCUCCUCACCGACGCUUCAGCCAUGGCAGGAAUGGCACCAGAAGGUUCCCAGUUCGAUGCAAAGAACUAUGACUCCAAAAUGCAGGAGCUGCUGAGCCAAGGUGAGACUGAGGAGUUCUUCACCUCCUACGAUGAAGUUCAUGAGAGCUUUGAUGACAUGGGUCUCCAAGAGAACCUUCUCAGGGGAAUUUAUGCUUAUGGUUUUGAGAAGCCUUCGGCCAUCCAGCAGAGGGGCAUUGUUCCUUUCUGCAAGGGUCUUGAUGUUAUCCAGCAAGCACAAUCUGGAACAGGAAAGACUGCUACCUUCUGCUCUGGUAUCUUGCAACAGCUUGACUAUGGUUUGGUUGAGUGCCAGGCCUUGGUCCUUGCUCCCACCCGUGAGCUUGCACAGCAAAUUGAGAAGGUCAUGCGUGCACUUGGUGACUACUUGGGCGUGAAAGUUCAUGCGUGUGUUGGAGGAACCUCUGUCCGUGAGGACCAGAGAAUUCUUGCAAGUGGAGUGCAUGUUGUUGUUGGCACACCUGGUCGUGUGUUUGACAUGCUUCGUAGGCAGUCUCUUCGCCCUGACAACAUCAAGAUGUUUGUUCUGGAUGAAGCUGAUGAGAUGCUUUCUCGUGGUUUCAAGGAUCAGAUUUAUGACAUCUUCCAGCUGCUCCCAGGAAAGAUUCAAGUUGGUGUCUUCUCUGCUACCAUGCCCCCUGAAGCCCUUGAGAUCACCCGCAAGUUCAUGAACAAACCUGUUAGGAUCCUUGUCAAGAGGGAUGAGCUUACCCUUGAGGGUAUCAAGCAGUUCUAUGUCAAUGUGGAGAAGGAAGAGUGGAAGCUUGACACACUCUGUGACCUGUAUGAGACUCUUGCCAUCACCCAAAGUGUCAUCUUUGUGAACACCCGCCGCAAGGUGGACUGGCUCACUGACAAGAUGAGGGGCAGGGAUCACACAGUUUCUGCUACUCACGGAGACAUGGACCAGAACACUAGGGACAUCAUCAUGAGGGAGUUCAGAUCUGGUUCUUCACGUGUGCUCAUCACCACUGACCUGCUUGCUCGUGGUAUUGAUGUCCAGCAAGUAUCCCUGGUCAUCAACUACGAUCUUCCGACCCAUCCAGAGAACUACCUCCAUCGUAUCGGUCGUAGUGGUCGGUUCGGAAGGACGGGUGUUGCCAUCAACUUCGUGACCCGUGAAGAUGAGCGUAUGCUGUUUGACAUCCAGAAGUUCUACAACGUUGUGAUUGAAGAGCUCCCAGCCAACGUUGCCGACCUCCUGUAGAUCAAAGCUCUUCCGAACAUAUGGUAAGAAGCCUGGCAGGGCUUUGUUUUUGUUGAAACGUCACCAACUUUCUUUCUUGGGGGGAAGUGAUAAAUGGUCGGGGGUUCUACUUUAAGGUCGUGGUUAUGGACAAUUUCGGAUUUAUUAUGCCUUGUUUUGGGGAUUUUUGUAGUUGCUAGGCUGUGCUAUGUGCUGCUGUGUUUAAGCUUGAGGAUGAAGCUACUGUUGGAGUCCUCACUUUAUUAUUUCUUAAGAAGACUAUGUAAUGACCGAAUGAUGUUAUUUAUUUGUGUCAUCCUUGACUCUUC